AUCUGCGUCACAUAGGCGCUCUUUGAGGUUUGCACGUUUCUUUUAAUCUGAAAUAUGGGUGUCUGAGAUCAAGAAACUAGUUGUUGUAAGGAAUGUCAGGAAGUGUUUACACACCUAUGGAGAACCCUGAUCACAGAGGUUCUGGAGAUGCUGGUGUUGGCCACCGCAGUAUAGGUCAUGGACGUAAUGGAAAUGGACGCAUGUCACCAAAUUCACCACUUAAGAGGUUCGGGCAGGCUAAGAAGACAAUAAACGACAUCUUCAGAGAUGUCCUUGAUUUCAUUAAAGAGGCGGAUAAUUUUGUGGAAGGUAUUGCCACAGGCGGUUACCUGGAAGGGGUUUCUUGUCAAGAUCAGGUGAAGGAAUACCGGGAAAAGGUCUGUGGCAUUAUGGAGGUGCUGGCCCGGGACCACAUGAAGGUUGUCUUCUUUGGAAGAACAUCCAAUGGCAAGAGUACAACCAUCAAUGCUAUGUUACGAGAGAAAAUCCUGCCAACCGGUAUUGGACACACGACCAACUGUUUUCUACAAGUGGAGGGGUCAGACUCAACAGAAGGGUACCUGCUUACAGAGGAGGAACCAGAAAAACCCAAGAGUGUUCAUUCAAUCAAGCAGCUUGCCAGUGCUCUAAGCAAUGUGAAGUUGAAGGAAAACUCAUUGAUCCGCAUCCUGUGGCCCAAGUCCAAGUGUCGACUGCUCAGAGAAGAAGUGGUGCUAGUUGACAGUCCGGGUAUAGAUGUAACCCCAGAUCUGGAUCUGUGGAUCGACAAGUUUUGUCUGGAUGCUGAUGUGUUUGUGCUUGUCUCCAACGCUGAAUCUACGCUCAUGCAGACUGAGAAAAAUUUCUUCCACAAAGUGAGUGCCCGCCUGUCCAAGCCCAACAUCUUUAUCCUCCAGAACCGUUGGGACAUCUCGGCAUUCGAAGAUGAUGUCGAUGAGGUGAAGCAGCAACAUCUUGAGAGAAACCUACAGUUCUUGUGUUCAGAGCUGAAUGUGAUGGAUAAACGAGAGGGGGAGGAACGAGUAUUCUUCGUAUCAUCACGGGAGGCACUCGCCUCUAGGCUGAAGGAACAAGGAACACCUACGCCGACUGGUAUUCUUCAAGAAGGCUUCCAGGAGAGACUGUUCACUUUCGCCAACUUUGAACGUGUCUUUGAGGAAUGUAUAUCAAAGACCGCUGUAAAAACAAAGUUCGAGCAGCACACAAACCGAGGGAAAAACAUUACAACAGAAUUGCGCUCUUUGAUGGAGAAAAUGCUCAGGACUUCACAGGAACAAAAUGAGAGAGUCAAUAAAGAAAGGAGAGAAAUGGCCGAUGAACUAGACUACAUGGAAAAACAACUAACUCUGCUGACUACGGAAAUAAAAGACAAGAUUAAAAAUAUGGUGGAGGAUGUAGAAAACAAGGUUGCCAUGACAUUGAAGGACGAGAUUCGAAGACUAGCCAUUCUAGUUGAUGAGUUUGACCGGCCAUUCCAUACUGACCAGACAUCGCUUGACAUAUACAAACAGGAGUUACAUGAACACAUAGAAAACGGACUGGGGAGAAACGUACAGUCCCGAUGCUCAGCGACUUUACAGUCAGCCCUAGAAACUACGCAACAUGAAAUGACAGAGCGACUCUCCGCCCUUCUUCCUGAAGAGGCCCAGCAGCAAAUAAACACUGUGAUGCCCCGCCGUGAUUUUGAAAUCGCUUACCGGCUCGAUUGUAGACGAUUGUGUGAAGAUUUCGAGGAAGAUAUUGCCUUCCGUUUCACACUAGCCCCACGUAACAUCUUGCGAUGGAUGUUUGGUAGAAGGGGGAUACCUGCUCCAUCAAAGCACUUUGAUGCGGUUCCCCGAAAUAUACCAAUGACCCCCCAGGAGCCUCGAACAUUUCGGGAAGCCGACCCAGAUAAUGCCGAAGUCCUGGUUAAUCUCGUAAGCAUUGCCGGGAAUAUCGGACAGAAAACUGCGCUCGGAGGGCUUAUAGUGUGUGGCGUGAUAUAUAAAGCAGUAGGGUGGAAGGUCUUAGCUGUUGGGGUUCUUGGCUAUGGAGGAUUUUACUGCUUUGAAAGAAUGCGUUGGACGUCUAAGGCCAAGGAACGAGCAUUCAAGGCACAGUACGUCGACUAUGCCAGCAGCAAACUGAAACUGAUUGUAGAUUUGACGAGCUCAAACUGUAGUCAUCAAGUACAACAGGAGUUAACUUCGACGUUCGCCCGGUUGUGUAACGAGGCUGACAUCACCAAACAGAAGCUGGAAGAUGAGAUCAAACAGCAGGACAUUGUCAUCUCACAACUGGGGGUUAUAUCUGCCAAGUCUAAAACUUACAGGAACAAAGCAGACUGGUUGGACAAAGCCCUGGACAACUUCAAGGAACAGUUCCUGAUCGCUCUUACUUCAGGUGUAUGACCUGUGUGUCAUCCUUCGAUAACACUUUGUAAAAUAUGUCUACUGUUCUUGACAUGUGAUAUAUGUGCAGUAGCGACAUGUAUUUCUUAUAAGACUGUACUGUUCUCGAUAUGAACAUGCGUGAAAUACAUGCAGUGGCUACUAAAUUUCUUGGGGAGAUGUCAAUAGCUAACAUUUACAUGUGUAUUUAGUAUCAUUGUACUUCAAAGCUUAACCAGCAGGGCCCUAAUCUGUCCUUUUCAUGGGGGUGGGGGGGGGUAAUUUUGCCCCAUUGCCCCCUUUUAAAAAAUGAAGUAUCUUUUAAAAAAUGAGGUAUCUUUUAUUCCCCCCACACAUGAAUGUUUAAUAUUGUGAAACUAUUUUAAUGAAGGGAUUAACAGGUUGAAUUAUUAAUGUAUUUGUUCAGUUGAGAAUCUUUCUUGAAAACCCACAUUCUAUUGGUUAAAAAUUCACCCAUAUAAGGGCUAUGACCCCUUUCCACAAAAGUGCAAUAGGGGCCCUGUCUAAACCUCUGCAAUUAGGGGUCAAUUUUCACUCGCCUGCAAGCAGUAGAACUUGUUAAUAUUUGUAGAGUUUAAAUUCAAUGACUAAACAGUUAGAUUCGCCAGCUAUCAGUGUUUUAAAAACAAAAUUAGCAUACAUGUUAUGAUUUAUUUGCUGUUUAACAGUUAUUGAAUGAAUUUUAUGCUUAAUUUAGUAUUAUUGAAUGAAUUUUAUGCUAAAUUUCAUAUUAUACAUGUACCAAUUUUCUGUAUAUUAUAUUUUAAUGAAAUGCUAUAUUCGACAAUAUUAAAUAGGUAUUCAAAUGAAAUGAUAUAUUGUCAAUCAAAUUGAAUUGGUAUAUUGUAAUUGUAUAAAUAAAAAGUCCUAUAAGAUACAUGAGUGUAUGUAUAUAUACAUGUAGUUUAUAGUGAUACUAAUUGGAUGUUAAUAAAAAAUAAACGAUUUCCUGAAUUUAUUUGCUCAGGGGUUCUAAAAAUCAGGAUUUAUUCUGAAACAGGGAUCAAGAGCUUUUAACUUUAGACUUUUGUACAGUAUUCGGAACUCCUCGUUCAUUUUCCAUCUACCUUGGAUGUAUACCAGUUGAUCAGAAGAAAUAGUUCAUAAAAUUUUAAAUAAUUAUAUAAGUUGAUUGUAGUUUUCUAACGUGUAUUUUGUGUUACUAAAUUAAUUGCCAGUGAAGUGUAUUAUUGUAUAAUUUAAUAAGAUUCUCAAGAGUUAAGUCAUGAAGUUCAACUGCUAAAUUGAAAUUACUACUAAAUUAUUGGAAGUAUAGUUAAAUGUGAAGAUUUCUGACAUUGUAAACUGUCCAUAUACAUUGGAGGUUGUUUUUGAUGGAAAAUGGCUGAGGAGUUCCAAAUCUAUGUAUAGUUAUAAAGAUCGUUUUUGCCUGGAAAUUUGCAUCAAAAACAGUAGGAAUUACCUUGAAAUAAACAUGAAUUAAAUUGGAAACAGUUUCAAAUCAGGUCCAAGCCCCUUCACCCUGCUUUGCACAUAAAUCCUUUAUACUCAAACAGACCCCCGGCUAUUUUUCAGGAUUGACAACUAACAGCUGUAAGAACCCCUGAAUUGCACUGUUCUUUAAAACUUUUAAAAGGGGUCUUAGCCCCUUUACCCUGCCUUGGGCAUAAAUCCCUCAAACAGACCCCUGGCUCUUUCUUGAUUGAGAAUUAUCAGCUUUUAGAACUCUCGUUUAUUGAAAAAAUUCAGAUAUUUGCAAUCUAAAUUAUGGUUGUGAAUGACAGGAUAGUUGUAAAUUGUAUGACAUAUUUUUCGUCUUAUUUUUAGCUCGUAAAAAGGUUAAUGAAUUGUCAUAAUCUUGGUGUUGAUGUCACCAGCAGCAUUGUCAUGCAAACACUUGUUCAUAACUUGAAAAGCAUUCAAAAUAUAGACUUAGUGUCGAUGUCAUCAGUAACAUCAUUAUGCAAAACCUUUUCCUAAUUCAUAGCUCUUAAACCAUUCAAAUCAUCGUCUAAGUUUUGAUGUCAUCAGUAACAUCGUUAUGCAAAAACUUGAAACUUGUUCAUAGCUCCAAAAACUAUUGAAAUCAUCGUCUUAGUAUUGAUGUUAUCAUGCAAACACUUAAAACUUGUUUAUAACUCUUCAUACAUAUAAAACAUGGUCUUAUUGUUGGUUUCACCAGUAACAUUGUCAUGCAAAAUUUUCAAACUUGUUCAUUACGGGGGUACUCUAAAACCAUUCAAAAUAUUCCAAUGAAACUUGGCACACAUGUAACCAGAGACAAAAUGCAAGGCCGGUCACUCUUACUUUAAAAACUGUUAUGUCAGUUAUUUGAUUGAAAAAUAAACAAGACGAGCAUUUGCAUUCUUGUUAAACGUUCAACACUUUUAAGAUAUUGAAUGUUGCACUGUACCAUGUAUUUGUAAACACAUUUUAGGCCACACCAAUUCAAUUUUUUGUUCAACGUAUUUUAGCUGAAUUUUACGUUUUCAGUAUCAGUUAAAAACAGGAGCAGGUGAUAGCAAAACCUUUUCCCCCUUCAUAAAUUAACACCUCUUAUGAUAAUUCCACAAUUACAGCAUUAUUAACCAUUCCUUAUGUAAGAAAAACAAUACACCAUGAAAUAUUCAUUUUAUAUACAUGUUUCAGAUUUCUUUUCAUGCAAAGAGGGAUACAAAAAAAGCGAUUUUUAAACCAAUGAAUUUUGUGUUAAACUAUAAUUGAGUAUACAUGUUUAAUACUUAUUUAUUUUUAUUUCUGUACACAUGUUUAAUAUUUAUUUAAAAAAAAUUUGGCAGUCUUUGUUUAAUGAAAUUAAAUGUAUACAUUUGUGUAAGCUAUGGGCUGAUUGGUCAGAACUUUGUUAAUGUUAACGACCGGCUGAUUGGUCAGAACUUUGUUAAUGUUAACGCGGUUGUUAACGUCAUCAUUGUUAACUUUCAAAUUUUUUCUUCUCUUGAAAUUUCUUGGAGACCCUUAUGAUCUUCAGUACUUCAAACAAAUUUUGGGACAACUGUUUCAGCCCUGCUUGAUUAAUUGAAAUAUAUUGAAAUAUAUCAGUAUAUCAGUACAGCAUAAAGUAGUUCCUCUUAUAUACUUAUAUACUAAGGGCUAUUCCAUUUAAACAUAUAACCCCCAGGGGGAAGGCAUUUUUAAAUUAUGCAACCCCCCUACAGAAGGAAAUUUACCCUUGUGGGGUCCAAAUUAGCGAAAAACACCCACCUAUAUACUAUUUAGAUAAUUGCCUUCCCCCCGGGGGUUAUAUGUUUGACUGGAAUAGCCCAAAGUGACAAUGUCAUAAAUAAUGUUUUUACAAUGUUCAGAACAAAUGGCCAAUUUGCAUUGUCAUUAAAAUGAGGGACACAAUUUGCACAUGUAUUACUGUAGUCUUUCAUUUUGUUGUUUAGAUUAUAUAAAUUCAUCGUCAGACACCCCCGAUAUACUUCUUCGCUAUGCUUUGUUGUGUACUGUGGGCGAUUUGCUAGAAAAAUCUCGUAAACAUGAAUAAUUAAAUGAGACAGUUUCAUUGGUUCUGCAAGGUACCAACGCCGAAAUACGCACAGACACUCGUACUAAUGUUUUUUGGAGGAAAAAUAAUUUGGCGAACUUGGUCCACCAUUUCACGACAAUUUAUUUAUAAGCAGCCUAAACCCUUAGCCUAUGGAAACAGCUGACAAUAAUGGGUUAUUGAAGUGUAAUGUAUUGUUACUUGCAAAUUCAUUGGUAGAAGAGUUGUCUCCUCUGCCUCAUGCAUAUUCAUUAAAGCGAGAUCUUGCCAGUCAAUUGUCCCAAGGUAUUUAUGAAGUAUAACAGAAUAAAUACCGUGGUUCCCGACGUUGGUAAAUAUUGUAUGAUUGUUUUACUUUCAUGUGCCUCUAGAUAUUUCUUAUUAUUUAUCUUUUGUUGUUUCAAAGAGGUAGCAAGAUAAGUUAAACAUGAUUGCAUAUUUGAUGUCAUUUUACUAUCUUACCCAAGCGCCUCAAUGCUUUUGAAUUACACAAUGAAAACCCCCUGUGUAAUGUCAAUGUUUUAGUUCUGUCAAACCUUUUUUCAAAUGUUUUGGGUUUUGUUAUACAUUGUUUGAAUUUUGGUCAUCUCGAAGUUAGUUAUCUCAAAGUGAUUCUCGAGAUCCAAACGACCUCGAAAAAGCAAGUUUUGACUGCUAAAAAAAUAAUACAAACCUACAGACCCUACACUGGGAAAUGCUUCCUUGAAUUUAGAAAUUUCAUAUAGCAAGUUCAUUAAAAAAAUCCUGAUAAAAAGAGUUACAAUUUACAUGAUUAUACCGAGGAAAAUAUGGUAUGAUUGAAUUAAUGAUUUGAUGCCAAGGACUACUUUAAGAAUUCUAGUUCGUUCAUCUAAGUCUACUUUUUGUGACUGAUAAGAUAAUGGUUUUCAAGCAAGAAAUAUAUUAUGUUUCAGUUGUUUUACCUCAUUGUUAGCAAAUGAAAUGUUGUUUUCCUUUUUGAUCCUGAAGUAACACUGUUAGUUUUUUGAUUGUCUGGAAUGUAUUUCAGAAAAAUUUAAAGUGAAUCUGAUAGGUGUCGUUUAAAGUGACACUCUUAUUCAAAAUCAAUACAUACACAUGUAUAACAAACAUAAGUUUUGAGUGAUACACCUUUAACUACUUACUAAAUAAUGCAUUUAUGGAAAAUAUUAAUUACUGAUAACAAGACUGUAAUCGAGUAUUUAAUAGCUGAAUAUUAAAUGAUUGGUGAAUGCUAAAAGAUUACUGUGAUAUUCUAUAGUCUCAUAUGGUAGAAAUACCUUAUUUUAUGCACAUUUCUUUCAAAUUAAACUUGGUAACCUGCAUAAGAACCAUUGUUUUCAAAAUUUAUUCAUCCUUUUUGGAAUAUUUAAACAAUAUUAUUAAUUGUGAUAAAUCUUAUUUGGGAGUAAGAGUGCAUCUUUAAGUUGGUGGUUAGCAACUUUCGCUGAAAAAUAUAUUCCCAUAUGCUACCAGAGACCAUAUGUGCAGGGGUUAUCCAUAACUCUGUAUUUACUAUCUGUUGAGUAAAUAUGCCCCAUUAUCAGGGGAACAUGGCUUAGAAUAAUAGUGUAUGAUAGUUGGCAUCAGCUUUUAAUGCUCUUGUGUUUGUAAGUGUUUACAAUGAGAAAAUGCAAUGCAAAUUUCAUCCUAUGUAUUCAAGCUGCAUACUCACAGAUUGAUUGUUUUGACUUUUUGUUGUUGUUGUCUUUGAAUGAACCAAUUUUGUGUAAAUUUCUGGAAACAAGUGAUAUAAGACUGCUAAUAAGAGGGCAGUUUUCAUACUGACGUUCGAAAAUUGAUGUAUUAUGGCAUUACUUACUAAAUUUUCAGCAUUUUACCAGAAACUGAGGUCUGCUCUAUUGUUAGUCUUCAUUUAUGACUGAAUUGAAGGCACUGAUGCCAAAAUCAGCCGAUACUGAGACAAAAAAGGGUCAAAAAUCUCAAUUUGUCAGAGUGCAACUUUAAGGUACUAAUUACACGCAUUUUAUGAAAUCUCACUAUUAAAUGUUAUUCUUGUCAAAUUAUUUGCAGCAAUAACUGCUGUAUACAUUAGAUUCAUAACAUUGCUCAUCAUUAUGAUGGGGAAAGAUGAUUUUCUUUCACUGUGAAUUCACGAACCAUUUGAUGCUUUUAAGGCAUUUGAUGUACGCUUAGGCCUAAAAAAUAUAAUUCUAGUUACUGUUACCCAACCGUAAAUAGGUGCUGAAUCUUUGCCAUACAAAGUAAUAAAUUCCAUUCAAACCCAUAAGUAUUUGAUGGGAAACUUCAAGGUUAUAUAGAAUAUAUUUUUAUUAAAGAUAUACAGUUGAACACUGUUAAUCCGAAAUCGUAGGGACCUAAACAUUUAUUUCGGAAUAGCAAUAUUUUAGAUUAACAAUUUUCAGAAAAUGAUAGCUUUUGCGAAUUAUAGAUGACGUGAAUUUCUAAGUUGUGAUACUAUUUUUUCUUUUGAAAUAUGGAACAAAAAAAGUAGAAACUCAAUAACUUGAUGUAUAAUUUAAUUUCAGCCAUUUAUUAAAGAGAUUAAGUUAUCAGCAGGCAAAACCCUUUUGAAUGGUACAAACAUAACAUGGGGUCACCUGUGAUCAGAAUUCAACAUUAUUGCUAAUGGCAUGAUAGAGUGACAAGAUUAUUUGUACAUCAAAUAUCUUUAAUAUUCGUGAUUGCAAUGCUUUGCUAUUUGUUUUGUGUUAGUGUAUUAUGUUCUUGUAUUUUGUUAUAGUUCAUGCCAUAAAAUCGAACAAUAAAAAAAUACAU